UGGAGGUAUUUACAGAUGUGACCUCUAAUCCUUGGGGAUUCUUGGAAAAUGGGCAAAGUGCCAAAAGAAGAGAACUGGCCAGGCCUUCAAAAGAAGAAAACCCAGAGAAUUACAGACAGUGAACUUGCCCCUAAGCCCUCAUUGAGGGGUGUGUUUGAGCAUUUAGGAGAGGACUCCAGUGCUUCUCAGCGACAAACACAGCUGCCUUUGCGGUGUCUGAAGGCCCUGGUCGUGGUGACACUAGAUGGCUGCCCUGGGCGCCUCCUGCGGGUGUAGAGGCAUCACCACUCUGCACUGGCAGACUCAGCAUGGAGUCAGAGCCGAGUCUGACACGAGCACUUGCCAUCCCAGGCAUUUCAGUUCUGACUGAGAAGGGAGCCGCACAUGGGAGGAGAGGGCCCUUUGGAGCUCCUCUCUGCCUCCACCACUCCCUAACCCCGCAGCCUCAGUGCCCUCAUCUGUAAAAUGGGGAGUUUUGCCUACAGAGUUCAGCACAGUACCAGCCUGACAUGGGAACCCCAGUGGAUUAUCAGUUUUGUCAUUAUUCCCCUGCAUCCUGGAGGUGACACCGCCUGGUUAAUAGGCAACCCCUCCGGAUGGCCCAGCACAGCUGCACAGCAGCAGGAGGCUGGCCUGUGGCCAAGAAUGCACGGUGGAGGAGGGCUGGAGGGGGACUGCAGCUCCUCCUCUUCCUGCUUCCUCCCUGCUCCACCCCCUGCCUAGGGCAGCACAAAAGCAAAUCUCUAGCUAACUCCCUGCCUAGCAAGGCCCAGCCUGGGGCAGAAAUGCCUGCAAGUGGCCGAGGUCUCUGCAGGGCUGUGGCUGCCUCUCCCUUCCCAGCUUGGAGACGAGCUCACACAGAAGCCGGGGGAGGUCUGAAGCCUGAGUAUGAUGCGGUGGUGAUAGGAGCAGGACACAACGGACUGGUGGCUGUGAGUACCUCCCCAAUUGAUCCCACUUCACUGGCCCCUGGGCGUGUGGCUCUCAGCAGCCUGGGAAGGAGUGUGAAGAAGCAGGCAGCAUACCUGCAGAGACUGGGGGUGAACACUGCGGUCUUCGAGAGGCGCCAUGUGAUCGGGGGUGCAGCUGUCACUGAGGAGAUUGUCCCAGGGUUUAAGUUCUCCCGCGCGUCCUACCUGCUCAGCCUGCUGAGGCCGCAGAUUUACACUGAUCUGGAGCUGAAGAAACAUGGGCUGAGGCUUCAUCUUCGAAACCCCUACUCCUUCACCCCCAUGCUGGAAGAGGGUGCGGGCAGCAAGGUGCCCAGGUCCCUUCUGCUGGGUACAGACAUGGCAGAAAACCAGAAGCAGAUUGCCCAAUUCUCCCGGAAGGAUGCCCAGGUCUUUCCCAGAUAUGAGGAGUUCAUGCAUCGCUUGGCAUUAGCCAUUGACCCUCUGCUGGAUGCGGCCCCCGUGGACAUGGCAGCCUUCCAGCGUGGCUCUGUGCUGCAAAGGAUCAAGUCGCUGUCCACCCUCAAGCCCCUGCUGAAGGCAGGCCGCGUCCUGGGAGCCCAGCUUCCCGAAUAUUAUGAGGUCCUCACAGCUCCCAUUACCAAGGUGCUGGAUCAGUGGUUUGAGUCUGAGCCUCUAAAAGCCACUCUGGCCACAGAUGCUGUGAUUGGAGCCAUGACAAGUCCCCGCACUCCAGGGAGUGGGUAUGUGCUGCUGCAUCAUGUGAUGGGGGGCCUGGAGGGGAUGCAGGGGGCCUGGGGCUAUGUCCAAGGGGGCAUGGGUGCCCUCUCUGAUGCCAUCGCAAGCUCAGCCACCACCCAUGGAGCAAGCAUCUUCACUGAAAAGACAGUGGUGAAGGUGCAGGUGAACAGUGAAGGCUGUGUUCAAGGAGUUGUGCUGGAAGAUGGCACAGAGGUGAGAAGCAAGGUGGUGCUGUCCAACACAUCACCGCAGAUCACCUUCCUGAAGCUGACGCCACAGGGGUGGCUUCCUGAGAAGUUCCUGGAGAAAAUCUCUCAGCUGGACUCCCGGUCGCCUGUCACCAAGAUCAAUGUGGCCGUAGACAGGCUGCCCAGCUUCCUGGCGGCCCCCAAUGCUCCCAGGGGGCACCCACUGCCCCAUCACCAGUGCUCCAUCCACCUGAACUGUGAGGACACCCUCCUCCUUCAUCAGGCCUUUGAAGACGCCAUGGACGGCCUGCCUUCCCACAGGCCUAUGAUUGAGCUCUGCAUCCCUUCUGCACUGGACCCCACCCUGGCUCCCUCCGGCUGCCACGUAGUCUCUCUCUUCACUCAGUACACGCCCUACACACUGGCUGGAGGCAAGGCCUGGGACGAGCAGGAAAGAAACGCUUAUGCAGACAGAGUGUUUGAUUGCAUUGAGGUCUAUGCCCCUGGCUUCAAGGACUCUGUGGUUGGCAGAGACAUCCUCACACCACCAGAUUUGGAGAGAAUCUUCGGGCUUCCUGGAGGGAACAUAUUCCACUGUGCCAUGUCCCUGGACCAGCUCUACUUUGCCCGCCCUGUGCCCCUGCAUUCUGGCUACCGCUGCCCUCUCCAGGGCCUGUAUCUCUGUGGAAGCGGGGCUCAUCCUGCAGGUCCACCCUCAGCCAUUGAGACUGUGGGCUGUGGACCUGGCCCCUCUCCAGACCUUUGGUGCAAGAAGCCUGAAGGGAGCCAGGAUCUGUCCUAGGAGGAGGUGUGAUGGGAGCUGCUGGGCGAAAUGCAGCGCAUGCGGCCUUUAGGGACCUCAAGAGCAAGUGAACCCGAACCAGCUCUGACCCAGGAAGAAGACUUCACCCCUCAAUUCCAAGUGCUCCAUUGGGUCACCUUCCCAGGAAGCUCAGCUUCGGGUUAGUGCUUAAGGCCACCAAGUCCUCAAUGCUCAAGCUAUUAUUUUAGAAAAAAUAUACGAGUUACAUUUAGUGCAAGUUAACCUUAUGCCCGUGCAUCCAUACGUGGACUGGUUCUGUUUUAUUAAAAUUAAUAUUUCGUACAGAU